AUGGUGUACGCCGUGCUGCUUUUUCUAUGUCUUGUAAAAACGACUUGUUCAUUAGCAGUAGAUAUUAAUGAGUGUUUUGUGGAGAAAGCAGGGGCGAAUCAAAUGAAUGUGAAGCGUCCAUCGCCACUUGCGCAAUCGUGCAGAAAUAAUAACAAUGCUUUUUGUGCUGCACUUUUUGAUGUUACGGAGGCAAAUGAUCUGCAAAAUAAUGCAAACCCAAUGAUGGGUUAUAAGGUUCACGAAAAUUGUGAAAAAGCUGCCCUUAAAGCGGAAGCCAUAAGAACGUGCCCUCGUUCCUGCGCAUUUUGUUGCUUAACACCGCAGUAUAACUGCACGAAUGCGACAACAGGAGGACCACCUGUUCCAACGUGUGCUGACGGCCGAGCAAAUUGUGCACAAGUGCAGCAAUAUUGCACUGUGGAACCAUUCGCGGGAACAUUGAGAGAACAGUGCAGAAAAACAUGUCGCAUAUGUACAUAA